AUGAGAUUCGGUUCGUUGGCUCGUCAACUCGUGAACAACAAAGAUUCAAUCGCCAUCGGCACAAACGAAAUUCACACGCGAAAACGAGCGCUAUUCUAUAGCAUGCAACGAAAGUUGAGCACUGACACGCAUAUGCACGACUGUGUCCGGUCGCCGAUGAUGCCAGCGAACGACGACGGCGAUGACCAGAAACACGAGGAGCAGGAGUAA